UUCUCCGACCGUGAUGCUGGCUGUCCUUCUUCAACCCGCUGAUUGUAUUUCUAUGGCUUCUACCUGCUUGUGCAGAUAACGCAAAUCUGGAUAAAAACAGCAACAAUAAUAAAACAUUAUUAUUUCGUUCUUUUGUUCCCGUUAUGAGAUUGUGGCUCACAGCAGCGCAAUCGUCGGGACUGUAUCGGUGACCAGUAUCAUUCAAGGCAAUAUUUGUCAGCUCGGGGUUCAUUGAAGAUGGGUCUCAUCAGACGGACCGUGUUCUUCUGCUUGCUGUGUUCGGUGAUGCUGCUGGUUCACGGCAGCAGGAGGAGACACGCGCGCUGCCCCCCAUCUUGUACGUGCAGUAAAGAUAACGCCUUAUGUGCCAAUACCGGAUCAAUACCGAGGAGCUUCCCACCAGAUGUCAUCUCACUAUCAUUCGUCAAGUCCGGCUUUAAUGAAAUACCUAAAGAGAGUUUCAUUCACACGCCAGCCCUCCAUCUUCUACUUUUCACAGCAAACAACUUUGAUUCUAUAAACGAAGAUGCGUUUCUUGGUCUUCCUCAUCUGGAGUAUCUGUUCAUUGAAAAUAACCAAAUUAAGUCCAUAUCGCCGUUUGCCUUCAGAGGACUCAAGUCUUUAAUACAUUUAAGUCUGGCGUACAAUAAUUUGGAGACACUACCGAAAGAUCUUUUCAAAGGAAUGGAGGCUUUGACUAAAGUGGAUCUGAGAGGAAAUCUUUUUAGCUGUGACUGCAAGUUAAAGUGGUUAGUCGACUGGAUGUUUCAUACAAAUGCAACUGUGGAUCAGAUCUUCUGCAGUGGCCCUGAAGCUUACCAAGGCAAGAAGAUCAAUGACCUGUUGGCACAGUCAUUUGACUGCAUAACGACAGAUUUUUCUCUGUUGAAGUCUCUUGACUUUCAGUCCAUUUCGGUCGAGGCUUUCGCGUUUGGUGGCGACCAGUUUGUCGUAUUCGCCCAGCCUUUCAUCGGCAAGUGCAGUUUCAUGGAAUGGGAUCACGUGCAAAUGGAGUUCAGAAACUUUGAUAACAUCACCAGCACUUCCACUGUCAUCUGCAAACCUCUAGUCAUCGAUAGUCAGCUCUUCAUCGUAGUAGCCCAACUGUUCGGCGGCUCGCACAUCUUCAAGCGAGACGUCUCGGCAAACAAAUUCAUCAAAAUCCAAGACAUCGACAUCCUAAAAGUCCGAAAGCCAAACGACGUGGAAAUCUUCCACGUCGACGGAGAGUCUUUCUUCAUCAUUGCCGACAGCUCCAAAGCCGGCUCGACGACUAUUUAUAAAUGGAACGGCAAUGGCUUCUACUCCCAUCAGUCUUUGCAUCCCUGGCACCGCGACACAGAUGUGGAGUAUCUAGAAAUUUCUGGGAAGCCUCAUCUGAUCUUGUCCAGCAGCUCUCAAAGGCCGGUUAUUUACCAGUGGAACAAGAGCACUAAGCAGUUCGAGCGGCGUACAGAUAUCCCGGAGAUGGAGGACGUGUACGCGGUCAAACACUUCACCGUGAAGAGCGAGCUGUACAUAUGCCUGACCCGCUUCAUCGGCGACUCCAAGGUGAUGAGGUGGGACGGUAGCAUGUUCGGCGAGAUCCAGACCAUGGCCUCACGUGGCUCCAUGGUCUUCCAGCCGUUCUCGAUAGCCAACUGGCAGUACGCCAUCCUGGGCAGCGAUUACGCCUUUACUCGGGUCUAUCGCUGGGAUGCGAAGAAAAGACAAUUUAUCCACUUCCAGGAACUGAACAUUCAAGCGCCCAGGGCUUUUUCUCUGGUGUUCAUUGACAACAGGGAAUUCCUUCUUGGCUCUAGUUUUAAGGGGCAAACGCGUAUAUAUGAACACCUGGUCCUUGACUUGAGUAGCUGAUUUGCUUCAUUGGGACAG